GUUCAGCGGCUGAACGCGUGCCAAAACGUGUUGAGUGUUUUGACGGGGCGGACAAUUUAAGCAAGCAUGCAGCAUCCGCUUUCUGCAUUUGAAAUCGUAUGAUGCUUGACAACUUCUUUGCACGUAACAUUUAUUUCAAAGCAGCGUCAGCAAACGAUGUUCUACGUGGGAAAAUACGCCCGCUCAUGAUUUGUGGAGAAUGAGGUUAGACGGGGAGCUUAUUGGUCAUUGUAAUUAGGGAAGCGUUGAGCUGAAAUAAUGUGACGUGAAUGGGAAGAUAAUUGUUAUGUAGGAGUGUUCAGCCAAACGGGGAGGAAACCAUUCCAACAGCGAGCAUCAUCCACCCACAGUCCCACUCUCCGCGCAAUGUUCCUGAACAAAUGAAGCUUCAGCAGUGCUGUCUUCAUCUGCACAGGAUUCAAGGACGAGCGCGGUUACAGUAAGAUGAGGCAGCAGGUGUGGGCGAGAUCUGCCGAGGCGAGUGGGCCUUAGUGUGUAUGACAUGGUGUGGGAGAUGAGGACCGUUCUUCCGGUGAGUGGAAGCAGUGAUGGAGGGGAGUCCCGCAGCCUCCAUACGAAGGUGGGCCGAAUGAAGAAGCUACUGGGGCUGAGGCCGAGUCACUCGGUGGACGCCCAUGUGGACAGGGAGCCUGGGGUAUGGCUGAUGAGCUUCCAGUUGUUGGAUUCUGAUGAACAGUGUGCGGACCCAGUGCAGGAAUGGGGGGAGGAAGAGGAGAACGGCGCUGUGUUUGGCAUCACGCUGUGCCGAGAGCCCGUCGUGCCAAUCGCAGAAAUGGCCAUGGCGGCAGACAGCCAUGUCCACUACCGCACAGUAAAGCUGCGCAGGCUUAAAGCUGGCACCCUGGAGCACUUUGUCACCCAUCUUCUGGAUCCCGAGUAUCAAGAGCCUGACUACGUCCAUGUCUUCCUCUCCACCUACAGAGCCUUUACCUCUACCAGUAACCUUAUUGAGCUGCUUUUUCAAAGCGACGACUCAAACGGCAUCUCCUUGCAAAGUGCAUUGCUCCCAGUAAUCAAGCUGUGGUUGGGGGAAUACAGUGCAGACUUCCACGAGCCCCCUCAAUAUCAGGCUCUCCGGCUCUUAUGUGCCAACUUGCGCCGGCGCCUCUGUUUUAGGCGCUUGGCUCAGACUGCAGAGAGUUUGCUGAAGUCGCACCAGGAACGAGAUCGCAGUCAGUUUACGUCAGUGGAUGACAGGGGACUGCUCUGCAAGGAGGAAGACACAGACGUGUUUGUGACCUUCGCUGUCACAGAUGUAGCAGAGCAGCUUACCAGAUUGGACAUGGAACUUUUUGUCCAAGUGUUGCCAUUCCACUGCCUGGGCUGCGUGUGGUCACAACGAGACAAGAAGGAAAACCACAAUCUGGCACCCACCGUCCGUGCCACCAUUUCCCAGUUCAAUGCAGUCACCAACCUCGUCAUCACUUCACUGCUUUGCCCGUCUUCUCCGUGCCCCUCCACCUCGUCUCCCAUCUCAUCACCCAGCUCCUCCUUGAGCUUCCUCUACCCUUCGAGCGCUCAAGGCCCACCUCACUCCUCUCAAACCGGUCCUUCCUGCAGAGCAGGCAUCAUUGAGAGGUGGAUCAAUGUGGCACAGGCGUGCAGGCAGCUGAAGAAUUUUUCUUCCUUAUGGGCCAUCCUGUCCGCCCUGCAGUCCAACGCUGUGUAUCGCCUCAAGAAGACCUGGAUGGCUGUGAGCAAUGAAAGCAUGGCUACCUUUAAGCAUCUGUGCGAGACAUUUCCUGAUGAGAACUGUGUGCUGGCCAAUCGAGAGAUCCUGACAAAGAAGCAUAAAAGUGGUAUCGUACCUUACCUGGGCUCCUACCUGACUGUCCUUAUGAUGCUGGACACGGCUCUCCCUGACUCUGUGGAGGGUGGACUCAUCAACUUUGAGAAGCGCAGACGGGAGUUUGAGAUUCUCUAUCAGAUUCGUCAACUACAGGCUUCCUGUUCUCACUAUCAACUUCCUGUGAACUGUCGCAUAACCAACUGGCUGCAGGCGCACAAGCUCAUUCUCACUGAUCAGGAGAGUUAUGAACUGUCUCGUGAGCUGGAACCUCCCGUCGAUCCAUGUCCCACUUCUCCCAAUUUUCGGAGCAGUCGAUUGCUAACUAAGAAGCUCAUCUCGUCACAAGCAACCAGUGACCGUUCUCUGCGGAAGACUCACACCGACCAGAUGAGUGUGUCGUCUUCAAGCUCCAGCAGUUCAGACAUGGACGACCUCAGCAUCCCUCAUUCAUCCCCACUCAGACUCAAACUCAAGUCACUGUCCAGCUCAAUGCUCAACAUCACGGAGGACUACGCCUCCAUGUCUUCUUCCUCCUCCUCUUCUCCCAUCCUCUCCAGCUCCUCCUGCAGCUCCUCGCAUCCCGACCUGAGCUGCUCCUCUUUGGCGCUAAGGUCGGACUCCUCCUCAUCCCCCUGCAGCGUCUCCACGCAGUCUGUGCUGCCCGUUUACAACAAACAGCUUGCCGACUCGUGUAUCAUCAGAGUCACCUUGGAGUGUGUAAACAACGGCAACGUCUAUAAAAGCAUUCUGCUGACCAGUCAGGAUCACACACCUCAGGUCAUUCAGAAGGCUCUGGACAAACACAACCUGGAGGAGACCUUCAGCUGUCAGGACUUUAUCCUCUGCCAGAUGCUCAACAAUGGAAACGAGCUCCACUUCCCCGACAACGCCAACGUGUAUUACGCCAUGUGCACCACCUCCGACUACAACUUUGUCCUGCAUCAACGCUGGAGGAGCCACGGGAGACACGCGGGCUCCUCCUCCAGUCCUGUUGUGCCACCCCGUGCCCGCCACGCUAAGUGACAAACGGCUGUCGAACGAGAUUCCUAACUCACAGCAGCUUUGUUUGGUUUGGCAUGCGAGCCACCCGGACUCCUCCGAGCUGUGCUUAGAUGUCUUUCGUCAGUGCCUCGGCUGCAUUCAAACAUCAGGACUUCGGACCUGCUCCAGCUCAGCAAGCGCCAGCCCUCUCAUAAAGCGUGUUUGGAGCUUUUGCACAAGUAGAUGUGGUCUCAAUGGGACUCGGCAAAUCGAAGCGAGCUGCUCACUGCAACCUGCGUUGAUUUGUGAACAUUCUGCAAGUCGUGCAAGUGCAUCGGACCACCGUCUUAAACAUUGACAUCUGAUUUUAGUGUUUAUUGUUUUGUUUUAGUGUUACUUUCAAUCAACUUAAGUAUUGAAUUGACAGUAUUCUGCUUGGCAGCAUUGUUUUGUUUAAUUUUGCAUGUGAACAUGAGCAGACUAGUACGAUAUGAAGGAUGAACGCUAAUGUAUGCCGCUGUCAAGUGAAGGAAAUAAUGUGCUUUUGUAGUUGUGCUCUUACUGCUUUUUUAUAUUGUAUCUACAAUGGAAGACUGCUGAUUGAGUUGAGGUGAUGUUACGAGUCCAAGAUGGCAUCCUUCAUGUGUGAUGACAUGAACGUGGUUAGCGUGGAGGAUGGUUCUUGUAUGUGAAAGAUGAAGUGUCCAAGUAAGUGAAAUGACAUGCCAGUAAUGUUAAAUCCUUGCGUUUCAAACUGUUGAAAUUGCCGACCCUUUUUGCAAUUAAUUUUGAAAUACUGCUAAAGUGCGUGCAGGUUUGUGCAGGAAUUUGUUUCACUGGCUUAAGCUUGAACAUGUUUUUUUAAUUUAUUUAUUUCAGUUUUUCAUCUGACUGUUUGCAUACUUCUAUUUAAGCUUGUCUGCGUAUAUUAAUAUUUUAUUUCCUUUUUAAAAAAAUUUCCCCAAGCUCUUAAUAAUUAGAAAUACUGGCUAAUAAAGACAUUUUCGUAUUUAUUAUAAUGCUGGGAAUAAUUUGAUCUAAAAAUUAUAGACGGACCAUGAGCUGUACACUAUUUAGGUGAGCGUAAUGGGACAACAGGCUAUUAUGCCAACUGAAUAUGGACUAAAUUAUUAUAUAGACUGACAACUGAUAAUAAUAUUGUAUAAAGUCAGAUAAACACUAUUUGGACACUUUAUUCAUUUAGAGUCUAAUGGGCAAACUAUGGCCCGCGGGCCACAUCCGGCCCGCCAAAAAUUGGUACAGAAUCGCCCAAAUCAUAUGAAAAUCAUGACUGCAUUCAUUUGACCUUGUCCUGUAAUGCCCAGUGGUUCCACCAGGUUGUGCUGAAAUGCCCAGUGGUUGCACCAGGUUGCGCAGUAGGUACAGUAAUACAUUGGCUUGACUUUGGCUGCUCUGUUUUUACUCUGCUUCCGCUCUGAACCCUUCUUCAACCAUCAGUAGGCCAAAGAAAAGAAAAGUCGACAGUGAGUGCCGAGUGUUUAAUAUAGAAUGGACUGCUAAAUACUGUUUCACUGAAGUCCGGUCAAAGGCUGUAUGUCUAAUUUGUUAAGAAACCAUUGCGGUUUUAGAGGAAUAUAACAUCAGCUGUCACUUUUCUACCAAGCAUCCUGAUUAUGCUAACAGCCAAUCAACGCAGGAACUGAUGGUUAUGGAUCAGCGGUUAAAAUACAGCAAAACACCUUUAUUUGACAAACUGCCAUCAAAGAUUCAGUCACACAAGACCCUGAAACAGCACCACGGGAGCUGCAGAUGGAACUGAUUGAUCUCCAAUGUCAUACUGUCUUAAAAGAGAAAUUCUACUCUCAAACUGGAUGAGUUUUAUGCUUCACUAAGUGCAGACAAAUUUCCCAAAAUCUGGAAGAUUGCACAGAGGAUGGUGGUGGUGUUUGGUGUGUGAACAGACUUUUAGUGUGAUGAACUCCCAACAAAACAUCCUACUGAUCCCAGCUGAGUGAUGAACACCUCAGAUGUGUUCUGAGAAUUGCCACAACAAAACUAACACCAGACUUUGAUGCACUGGCAAAAAUAAAAAGGUGAUCAACAAAACAACACUGUUCCCAUUAUAAGUAAAUGUAAGUAGUAACACUACAAUGCCUAUUUGUUUGUUUGUUUUAUUUUUUAUUUUUUCAUAUGUAAGGAUCUGGUCCUGACUUGGCCCGCCUGUCAAAUUUGAAGUCAAUUUGGCCCCUGAGCCAAAACGUUUGCCCACCCCUGAGUCUUAGGCCAUUACACCUAUAGGAAGCGAACUUUUGUGAAAUAAAAGUAAAAGUGUC